AAAUGAGGAAGCGGAAGAUAGGGUGGGCCCAGCUGACUCACGUUGUUUCGUUUCGGCAAUCCACAUCCAUUUUGCUCCGAGCACGAGCAGAAGACGCAAAAUCCCGCGACGACGAAACGUCGCCCUCCUCUCCCCCAAUCCGCACGCCGGCGCCAUUUUUCUUCCUUCCCUUUUCCAUCUAGUGGUAACCCGGGCAACCGAUUCAUGCCCAGCACGCAAUAACCUCCUCCGAACCUCCCCCGACCAUUGCCAUGCCCACCCGCCCGCACACUUUCCCAUUCCAGCCGCGGCUCUGUGGCAGGGCGGGGCUCCAAAUGCUGGUCGCCCCUCGCUCCAUUAUUCGCAAUAAUUCCUCCGGCUCGGCACCGGUUGCUGAAAUUUCGCCCCGCUUCUAGAAUCGUCUUGCCCCGACGCCGCGUCUGGGUUGGAUUCUUGGAGUCAACCACUGGAAUCUUCGCAGGUACGGAUUGAAAUCUUUAUCGAGCGAGGGAUUUCCCUGGGGGGGUGCUUGCCUGCUUGGGCGCCUGCUGAGCUAGAGGUUGGAUUCGGGGAGGCGUUCCGGUUUCGGAUGACGAUCGAUUUGUCCACCAUGCCCGGGAGCUCCGCCCGUCUCCUGGACGCCGCCGCGGGGAGGAAGGACAUGAACUUCUUCACGAACCGCUACGUGCUUGGGCUCACCGGCGUCGCCGGAAUCGGCGGCUUCCUCUUUGGAUACGACACAGGUGUCAUAUCUGGAGCCCUUCUGUAUAUUCGGGACGAAUUUCCUGCUGUCAAAGACAAUCUAUUUUUGCAGGAGACAAUUGUUAGCAUGGCAUUACUUGGAGCCAUUCUUGGAGCAGCCGGGGGUGGUUGGAUAAAUGAUGCCUACGGUCGUAAGAAGUCCACUCUUCUUGCUGACCUGAUGUUCGCACUUGGUUCACUGGUGAUGUCCGCCGCUGGUGGUCCUUACAUUCUGAUACUUGGAAGGCUCUUUGUUGGAUUGGGUGUGGGAAUAGCAUCAGUCACUGCCCCAGUUUACAUUGCUGAAGCUGCUCCUUCAGAAAUAAGGGGAGGUUUGGUGUCAACUAAUGUCCUCAUGAUUACUGGUGGCCAAUUCUUCUCCUACUUGGUCAAUCUUUGCUUUACUGAGGUUCCUGGGACAUGGCGGUGGAUGCUCGGAGUAGCUGCUGUGCCGGCAAUCAUACAGUUUGUUCUGAUGCUUUUUCUACCAGAAUCUCCCCGCUGGCUUUACCGGAAGGAUGAGAAAGCAAAAGCUAUUGCUGUCAUGGAGCAGAUAUAUGACUCUGGUCGCCUAGAGGAAGAGGUCGAUCUGCUCGCGUCGGCUUCCAUGCAUGAAUUCCAGUCUAACUGUACUGGGAGCUAUUUGGACAUAUUCAGGUUGAAGGAAUUAAGGCUAGCCUUUUUUGCUGGAGCUGGUCUUCAGGCCUUCCAGCAAUUUACUGGCAUCAACACCGUCAUGUAUUACAGCCCCACGAUCGUCCAGAUGGCUGGGUUCACUUCCAACAGGCUGGCCUUGCUGCUUUCCCUCAUUGUCGCCGCCAUGAACGCCAGUGGAACCAUCGUCGGGAUCUACCUCAUCGACCGUUGUGGCCGCCGCCGCCUGGCCCUCACAAGCCUAGCCGGGGUGGUGCUUUCCCUUGUCAUCCUCGCCACGGCCUUCAUACUACAGUCAUCAUCCAGCCUCUGCGGGAGCCUAUUCAGCGGUUCCUGCCAAGGCGUGCUGGGAUGGUUUGCGGUCGGAGGGCUCGCCCUGUACAUCGCCUUCUUCUCUCCGGGCAUGGGGCCGGUGCCAUGGGCGGUGAACUCGGAGAUCUACCCCGAGGCCUACCGCGGCAUGUGCGGCGGCAUGUCGGCCACUGUCAACUGGAUCUCCAACCUGAUCGUGGCGCAGACGUUCCUCUCGAUCGUGGGGUGGGUCGGCACCGGCCCCACGUUCCUGAUCAUCGCCGGGAUCGCCGUGAUGGCCUUCAUCUUCGUGGCCCUGUACGUGCCGGAGACCAAGGGCCUGAGCUUCGAGGAGGUGGAUCUCCUGUGGAAGGAGAGAGCCUGGGGAAACCAGGGCAGCCACGAGAGCCUCCUUGGUGCUGCGCGGUAAGAACACACGCCGGCUCUGGUCCUGCAUGGCGGUGCACCGGCGGCGCCGCUUUUAAUAUGUCUCUGCGGCUGCGCCCCGCCGCGCCUGUCUGGCUCCCGGCGAUCGCUGGUCUCUAGUUAGAGAGAACUGGAUGGACGCAAUAUCAUACACGAAUUACGAACCUGUAUCAAUGGCGGCGUUACACGAAUUACGAACCUGUAUCAAUAGUGGUGUGUUCUGUGCCUGGUUA